AUGGAGCAAACUACAGUGGUAAUUGUAGGUGGUGGACCUUCAGGGCUUGCAAUAUCAGCAUGCCUUAAACAAUACUCAAUUAGUCACAUAGUACUUGAGAAAGAGGAUUGCAAUGUUUCUCUUUGGAGAAAGCAUGCUUAUGAUAGAGUAAACCUUCAUUUGGCCAAAGAGUUUUGUGAAUUACCUCUCAUGUCUUACCCUCCUUCUUGCCCUACCUUCCUCUCCAAGUCUUAUUUUCUCGAAUACGUUGACAGAUAUGUCAAACAUUUCGAGAUUAGCCCUCGCUACUGCCGGAUAGUGGAGUCGGCCAUGUACGACGAGGGCGAAAAGAUGUGGAAGCUUGAGGCAAAGGCUAGGGUUAAAGAAGGGGAUAUGGAGAGGGUGGUUGAUGAGGUUUAUAGGGCAAAGUAUGUUGUGAUAGCCACAGGUGAAAAUAGUGAAGGAUAUAUUCCAAAUGUGGUUGGGUUAGAUACUUUUGGUGGACAAAUAUUGCAUUCAAAACACUAUAAAAAUGGUUCUAUAUUUGCAUCUAAAGAGGUUUUGGUUGUUGGAUGCGGCAAUUCUGGAAUGGAAAUUGCAUAUGAUCUUCAAAUUUAUGGUGCUAAAACUUCUGUUCUUAUUAGAAAUCCGGUUCAUGUGGUGAGCAAAGAACUAAUCCAUCAAGGUAUGCGCAUGCUGAAAUAUUUGCCGGUAAAUAUUGUGGACAGUGUGAUCACUUUUUUAGCAAACAUUAAAUUCGGUGAUCUCUCUCAAUUCGGAAUUCAUCGUCCAAAUAAGGGACCAUUCUAUCUGAAGGAAGCUGCUGGUAGGUCUCCAAUUCUUGAUGUUGGAACCAUUGCUAAGAUUAAAGACGGUGCAAUCAAGGUUAUCCCUUCUCAUAUAAUGAGAAUUGAGAACAACAAAGUGAUAUUUGGAAACAACACGGAGAAGGAAUUUGAUGCAAUUGUGUUUGCCACUGGAUAUAAAAGCGUGGCUAACAAAUGGUUAAAGGAUAAUUACAAGUAUGUUCUAAACGAAGAUGGAAUGCCAAAGAAUGAAUUUCCAAAGCAUUGGAAGGGAGAACAUGGAUUAUACUGUGCUGGACUUGCAAGAAGAGGCUUGUUUGGUGUCAAAUUUGAUGCUGAGGCUAUUGCUGACGACAUCAACCGAAACCUUCAUUGA